CCGGUGGGCAGGGCCUCCAGGUGUUUUUAUCUACCUGCAGAGCGGUGCUCAGGUAAACACUGCCCUGCUUCAAGAUGAUCAAGUCCCUCAGCGUGUCCUCUGAAAACUCGCUGCCUCCGCCGGACAGCGAUGACUUGGACUCGGUGUGUUCCGAUGAGCUGAUGGGCUCCCAGUCCCGCCACUGGCUGGCGGACCUGAUGGCCUCAGACAUGCCCUCAGACAGCGGGGAACUGGGCUCCGUGGGCCGGGACGGUCUCUACGUGGACUACACCUUCCCCGUGGGAGACCUCGAGAUGAAGUCUGGAGUCAGGUGGAAGCGACCGAAGGAACUCUGUAUGUCACCAAAGUUCAUAGUGGAUGGAGCUUCAAGACUUGAUAUCUGCCAGGGAAAACUGAGUGACUGCUGGGUGCUCUCCGCUAUAGCAUCUCUGGCUAUACACCCCAACCUGCUCAAGAAGGUUGUGCCUCUCACUCAGAGCUUCGAGAAGGACUACAAUGGCAGCUUCACCUUCAGAGUAUGUAUUUAUACUAUAAGUACAUUUAUACGAUCCAAUCAUGGGGUGUUUGCGUCUCAAUGUGUCUAG